CGAAGCAAUGCAAAGCAGAAGAAGGGGGUCUUUGAAAGGGGAAAUGAGGGGCGUUGUAUGUGUUGUUUAUUAGGGCCUGGUUCCAUAGAUUCUAUCCUUCUUAGCCUUCUCUUCAAGCCAUUCUUCACUCCGCAUCAUCGCUGCUCUCUUCGGGUGAGGAUAUUCUAAUCGCUCACCCGACCCACCUCCCACUUUUCUCAUUUUUUCCCCUAUUUUCCCAUAUCUCGGGAAGCUUGAUGAGUCGCAGGAGUGUUCCUGGGAUUCGACAUCAAUUCUUCUCGUUACUCGAAUCCCCUUGCCUGUCAGCAGCUUGCAGAACUUUGUAGCACAAGUUCAGUGAUUGGUUUUGAGCGAAAGGGCUUUGUUCUUUGUUUUAUCGAUUUUUGUCGAAGCGGUUUGGAUUCUGGGACGGAGGAGGAUUGUUGUGGCGGUUUUGGAUUGGAAUUGUAGUGAAGAUGGUCGCCAUGGACCUGUUCCGGUCCGAAGAGAUGUCCCUCGUGCAGCUCAUCAUCCCCGCGGAGUCGGCUCACGACACCGUCACUUACUUGGCGGAACUCGGACUGAUCCAGUUUAAAGAUUUAAAUCCAGAUAAAAGUCCAUUUCAGCGAACUUAUGCCAACCAGGUUAAGAGAUGUGGAGAAAUGGCCAGGAAGCUACGUUACUUUCACGACCAAAUCACGAAAGCUGGUCGAACAGCCACUUUCACGGCUACAUCAGACAGGAGUAUCGACUUAGAUGAACUGGAAACGAAACUGACGGAACUUGAAGCCGAGUUGUUAGAAAUCAAUGCAAAUUCGGAUAAACUUCAACGCAGUCAUAGUGAACUUGUGGAACUCCAGUUAGUACUACACAAGGCAAGUGAGUUCUUCAGUUCAGCAAAGAAUUCAGCAAAGAAUGUGCAACAACGAAGUGCUGAAGACAAAGGAUCUUCCGUUGAAGAUGGCAUUGAGCGCCCACUUCUACAGGAACAGACCGAGACCUCGAAAUCAGUCAGAUUGGGCUUUAUCUCAGGUGUUGUUCCCAAGGCUAAAGCAGCGUCUUUCGAGCGCAUUCUUUUUCGAGCCACUCGAGGCAACAUGUUUCUUAAACAGGCUCUAAUCCAAGAUGCUGUUACAGACCCUGCCACUGGUGAAAAGGUAGAGAAAACAGUGUUUGUAGUUUUCUUUGCUGGAGAGCGUGCGAAAACCAAGGUUAUCAAAAUCUGUGAGGCUUUUGGGGCUAAUCGCUAUCCUUUUCCUGAGGACCCCAACAGGCAGUGGCAGAUGAAGUCUGAGGUUGAAACAAGGCUGAGCGAGUUACAGAACACGCUAGAUGCUGGUACUCACCUGAAGGAUAACGUUAUUAACAAUAUUGGAUCCAACUUGGAUCAUUGGACUGUGAUGGUGAGACGAGAGAAGGCAGUGUAUCACACCCUCAAUAUGUUGAGUAUUGAUGUCACGCGCAAGUGCCUCGUUGCUGAAGGGUGGUGCCCUGUCUUUGCAAAGCCCAAGAUUCAAGAUGCUCUCCAAAGAGCAGCACACGACAGUAAUUCUCAGGUCAAUACAAUUUUCCAAGUUCUUCAUACCAAGGAGUCUCCACCUAGUUAUUUUGAAACAAACAAGUUCACUAAUGCAUUCCAAGAAAUCGUGGAAGCUUAUGGUGUGGGGCGGUAUCAGGAGGCAAAUCCUGGAUGUUUUACUAUCGUAACGUUCCCCUUCCUGUUCGCUGUUAUGUUUGGUGAUUGGGGGCACGGUAUUUGCCUACUUUUGGGGGCGCUUUAUUUAGUGUUGAAUGAGAAAAAACUUGGAAAACAGAAACUCGGUGAUAUUAUGGAGAUGGCUUAUGGAGGUCGUUAUGUAAUUCUUUUGAUGGCUAUUUUCUCCAUCUACACUGGUUUCAUAUACAAUGAGUUCUUUUCAGUUCCGUUCGGUAUUUUUGGGGGAACGGCUUAUAGGUGUCCUGACCCACAAUACUCUGUUGAGAAUUGCCCAGUGGCGUCUACUUCUGGACUGGAGAAAUGGUCGUACGAGCCUUAUGCAUUUGGGGUAGAUCCUGUUUGGCAUGGAUCCCGAUCAGAGCUCCCAUUUACCAACUCAUUAAAGAUGAAGAUGUCAAUUCUGUUGGGGAUUUCUCAGAUGAAUCUGGGCAUUCUAUUGAGCUACUUCAACGCUAGAUACUUUCGAAGCGCUCUUGAUGUUUGGUAUCAGUUUAUUCCGCAGCUGUUGUUCCUCAACGCCCUCUUUGGGUAUUUAUCAUUUCUGAUCGUUCUGAAAUGGUGCCAAGGCAGCAAGCCCGACCUUUACCAUGUCAUGAUUUACAUGUUUCUAAGUCCUACUGGUGAUCUUGAAGAUAACCAGCUCUUCUCUGGCCAAAGUUAUGUUCAGAUUGUUCUAUUGAUUAUUGCGUUAGUUGCUGUUCCCUGGAUGCUGUUCCCAAAGCCUUUGCUGUUGCGAAGGCAGCAUAUGCAGAAACUGCAGGGUAGACAUUACACUGCUUUGAGCCGCUCUGAUUACUCGUCAUCAGAUGAUGAGGGAACCGGUGAGCAUGACGAAGAAGAGUUCGAGUUUGGUGAAGUACUCGUCCACCAAAUGAUUCACACCAUUGAGUUUGUGUUGGGUGCCGUGUCCAACACUGCUUCUUAUCUGCGACUCUGGGCAUUGAGCCUUGCACACGCACAACUUUCUGCGGUGUUCUAUGAGCGAGUCCUCAUGUUUGCUUGGGCGUACUCAAACCCAGUGAUCAGGCUUAUUGGUCUGAUUGUGUUCGCGUUUGUAACAUUCGGUGUGUUGCUUCUAAUGGAGACGCUGAGUGCCUUCCUCCAUGCUCUGCGUCUUCAUUGGGUGGAGUUUCAGAACAAGUUUUACCAAGGAGAUGGUUACAAAUUCAAACCAUUUUCAUUCAACACUUGCUCAGAGGAAGAUGAUGCGUAGUGGACAUCUUGCAGAGGAUUGGAGUUCUAUUGCUCUGCCAACUACUUGAGACUAUUCAGGUCUUCUGCAAACUGUAUGUAGCGAUUCAUAAUAAUUCUCUAUGGUGAGAUUUCAGUCAUCUGCAUCACCUUGGCGCCGGAUGUAGAAUGUUGGCAUCAUUCGGCUUUGGCAAAUAUUGUGUAACCAAGUACGUUGUGGUGCUCUCAAAAUAGAAAGUUCGCUCUGCAAGCUUUGGCACGCUAGUUAAAGCUGAUGCACUGCCAGACGUUUCAGAUUGCAAUUCUCAAAUGAAGAGUAUGCAGCAUAGAUUUCAUGAUUCUUUCUUGGGUAAUAUCUUGAACAUCAACACUGGUUUUAAUUAUUUGUUGUUCUGAAGAUUGCUGACAA